AUGACUUUGGUCCCCACGGCCAACUGGAACAUGAGCAUGAGCAGCAGGUGGAAUGUGAGCCUUGCUGAAGCAGGCAAUCCCUGGGGACAGGCACCAGAAGCACCAGCUGCAAAUACUUCUGCCCCUGUAGCCUCCUCGGAGGGCAACUUCUCCAAUCAGUUCGUACAACCUUCUUGGCGCAUUGCCCUGUGGUCUCUGGCUUACGGUGGUGUGGUGGCAGUAGCUGUUUUUGGAAAUCUUAUUGUCAUCUGGAUUAUCCUGGCUCACAAGCGCAUGAGGACAGUGACAAAUUACUUCCUGGUGAACCUGGCCUUCUCUGAUGCCUCCAUGGCUGCUUUCAAUACUCUCAUCAACUUCAUCUAUGCACUGCACAGUGAGUGGUACUUUGGAGAGGCUUACUGCCGCUUCCACAACUUUUUCCCAAUCACAGCUGUCUUCGCCAGCAUCUACUCCAUGACAGCGAUCGCUGUGGACAGAUACAUGGCCAUUAUUGAUCCCUUGAAACCUAGGCUCUCUGCAACUGCUACGAAGGUGGUCAUUGGGAGCAUAUGGAUUUUGGCUUUCCUGUUGGCCUUUCCCCAGUGCCUAUACUCCAUAACCAAGGUGAUGCCUGGAAGAACUCUUUGCUAUGUAGCAUGGCCAGGUGGUCCAAAACAGCAUUUUACGUAUCAUGUUAUUGUGAUUGUGCUGGUCUACUGCUUUCCACUGCUUGUCAUGGGCAUUACUUAUUCCAUGGUGGGAAUUACCCUCUGGGGAGGAGAAAUACCAGGCGACACAUCCAACAAAUAUCACGAGCAGCUCAAAGCUAAAAGAAAGGUGGUAAAAAUGAUGAUUGUGGUUGUGCUGACAUUUGCCGUCUGCUGGCUGCCCUACCACAUUUACUUCAUAGUUACUGGGAUCUAUCAACAAUUAAAUCGGUGGAAAUACAUUCAGCAAAUCUAUUUAGCCAGCUUUUGGCUUGCCAUGAGCUCUACAAUGUACAAUCCCAUUAUCUACUGCUGUCUUAAUAAGAGGUUCCGAGCUGGCUUCAAGCGAGCUUUCCACUGGUGCCCCUUCAUUGAGGUGUCCAGCUAUGAUGAGCUGGAGCUAAAGGCAGCCAGGUUUCACCCCACACGGCAAAGCAGCCUCUACGCUGUGUCCAGGAUGGACUCCAGCAUGACAGUGGUGUUCGACACUAAUGAUGGAGACAGCAUGCACACCAGCCAUAAGAAAAGAGCAGCUCCAAGGGACCUGAACUUCAAUGGUUGUUCACAGAGGAAUUCCAAGACCGCCUCCAUGGCCUCAAGCCUCAUCAGUUCACUGCACACAUCAGCAGAUGUUUAUUCCUAAACAUUUCGCAUUGCUAGAAGGGCAACCCUGGUCAACGUUCUCCUACUUUGGGACUUGAUAUUCAUACCACAGGAAAGCAAACCAGAUUCCACUAACAAACCCUAGCUAUAAAUAUUGUGAGAUUUUCAGCAAUCUCUUACUUUUUUUGCUUGGGAGAGAAAGAGGAAUUUGAAGACACACGUAUGCCUCAGUCCAAAAGCACAGUUGCACCUUACACACAACAGUGUUUGUAGGGAUUAUCCAAAAUAAAUCAAUGGCAUAAAAAACUUUGUUUGAGUUGUCUCCGACCUCUGGUAUUUAUGUUUGACUUCCUGAAAUGUAACAGGCUCCUUUACUUAUUGUAGCAGAAAUGUACAAUAUUUUCCAUUACGAGUGUAUUAAUUCUACAGUAACAAAAUUACAUAAGAUUUGAUUAUAAAAAUGUACUUAUAAUGAACACCUAAUGAGCCCCAUGUCUAUUAAGCUGUUUUACAAUUUAGUCCCAUUCCCAGACAAAUAGAUAAAAUUAAGUUCACAUGAAUGCAGUUCAGCUCUGUCUGCAGCAGUACAAUUUUGCAAAUAUAUAUAAGAACAGGAGAACAUGACUAGGAGACUAAGUUAAAUUCUACCAAAGUUUGCAUAUUAGUAAACAUUAGAUUCUAAUGGGAUCUGUACUUCCAGGGGAAUAUAUUGCUUCGAUGAAUGUCUAACAGCUUUGUACCUUAGUACUAAGUCUGUCUCCAGUGACCUUAACAGAACCUUUCUCAUUGACUUUAGAAAGGUCAAAAGAUUUUAAACUGGAGAUUCGCAUAUGAAAAAAAUACCACUGUGGCAAUGAACUCUUCUCUGCAAAAGAUAAAGUAACAAGAUUCAUGAUGAAAGACUUCCACAAGGGAAAAAAAAAAAAUUUGGGCUCUUUUCACAAAUUUUUCAUAGCUUGAUGAAUGUAAAAAUACUCCUGUGCCUGCAUCUGAAAAUAUGCUAGGCAUUCUUACACAGACAUGUUCCCACCAAAAUCAGACAAAAUCCACUGUUGCAGAGAAAGCUGAAUGAGAGCAGCCUUUGUUUUAGUUAAAUGACUACUUUAUUUUUAGUUAAAUGAUUACUAAAUAACUACUUUAGUUAAAUGACAUGUCAGUUGCAUGGAUAGACUGGUUACAUAAAUGUUUGUUAUCAAACAGUUAAAACAUUAGCAAAAGAGUGUGAAUGUCUUCCUGAGUUAGCUAAACCAGCACAGGGCAGUGUUUAUCUGGCUGAACCCAACACGGCACCAAAGCUGAGCAAUUGAUAAAGAGAAGUUUGAAGAAAGGCUUGAGCUGGCUUUAGUCCACAUUCCUUCCCAGCAACUGGGGAUAAUGAGCAUUGUAACAGUGUGCAUAUCAUACAAGAACAGUAAAAUAAGAAUCAUGUUUGUAUUGUGAUUCAAGUAUAUAGUCAAUUGUUAUGUUCUGCUAAGUGUAACUUGUAUAGUGAUUUCAGUGCACUGUGGUAUCACUUACUAAAUCAAAACCCUGCAUCAGGUAAAAUAUCCUCAAAUACAUAAACCUAGUACAUUAAACUCUCUAUGCAUGGAAUAAUUAAAGAACCUGGUCAUAGAGUAUUGUACUCUUAUAAAAAUGUAUCACAAUUCCAGACUUACACUUUUCCCAUCUAUGGCCUGAUCUUAAAUCCACUGAAGCAAAGAGCUCCGUUCAUUAAUGACUUUCCUUCUAAAUGUCAGUCCAUGCUUUUCAACAGUCUGUUUCUCUAAAAAAACCCAGCUAUUUUCCAUCAUGUCAUUGCAGUACUCUCACUUGUCCUUGUUUGGGUUUUGUUUUUUUUUUUUUGACGUGUGUAGUAAUCCAGCAAAUGUCAUGCAAUGCCUAUAAAAUACUUUUACAUUUUUUCCCGUGAAAUACUGUUUUAAGAACUUAAAAAUCUUCACAGGUUUUUAACAACUCUGUUGAGAAGAUCCAAGACAGCCAGCCACACACAAAUGAAAAAAUGACCCUAAGUAUAUUAACCUGAUGGUGAUGUAUUACAAACAUAUGCUGUGAAGUCCUCUGUCUGCUCAUGUACAACUUCUGAGAAACAUACAUAGAGAAAAUGUAUACUUGUUAAAUAAACUGUCUUUUCUAA